ACCGCCUCUUCCGCCGCCGCCCCCGCGAGCCCGGCCCCAGCUCCCGUCGCAGCCCCGGCCCGGCCGCCCGGCGACCCUUCGGAGCGCGGCGGCCGCCGACUGCGCGAUCGCGACCCGUGGGGCCGCGAGCCCGCCGCCGUUAUGAACAUCCGCAAUGCGAGGCCAGAGGACCUGAUGAACAUGCAGCACUGCAACCUCCUGUGCCUGCCCGAGAACUACCAGAUGAAGUACUACUUCUACCACGGCCUCUCCUGGCCCCAGCUCUCCUACAUCGCUGAAGAUGAGAAUGGGAAGAUUGUGGGGUACGUCCUGGCCAAAAUGGAAGAGGACCCAGAUGAUGUGCCCCACGGCCAUAUCACCUCCCUGGCUGUGAAACGUUCCCAUCGGCGCCUGGGCCUGGCACAGAAGCUGAUGGACCAAGCCUCCCGAGCCAUGAUAGAGAACUUCAACGCCAAAUACGUCUCCCUGCAUGUCAGGAAGAGUAACCGAGCCGCGCUGCACCUCUAUUCCAACACCCUCAACUUCCAGAUCAGCGAGGUGGAGCCCAAGUACUACGCAGAUGGGGAAGACGCGUAUGCAAUGAAGCGCGACCUCACCCAGAUGGCUGAGGAGCUGAGGCGGCACCUGGAGCUGAAGGAGAAGGGCCGGCACGCGGUGCUGGGUUCCAUCGAGAACAAGGUGGAGAGCAAGGGCAGCGCGCUUCCGAGCCCGGGAGAGGCCUGUGCUGAGGAGAAGGGCCUGGCGGCUGAGGACAGCGGUGGUGACAGCAAAGACCUCAGUGAGGUCAGCGAGACCACAGAGAGCACCGACAUCAAGGACAGCUCAGAGGCCUCAGACUCGGCCUCCUAGAGCCUGCGCUCUCUUCUCCCUGCCCUGGCCUGCCCCGCCCUGUCCCACCUCACAGGGUUUCCCAAUAAACUUCACCCAGUGGCCUCGGGGAGUUUGUGCAUGCAAGUGUGCACCUUUGAGGGGUGCAUGCCUCCCUCUGGCCCCUCAGUGUCCCUGUGGAUGCGAAUCUGGAAUCCUUUGGGCACAGUAUGUCCUGCCCAGCCCAGGGGAGAAGAGGGGAGCCUUGUCAGGGCUUGGGGGUAGGGUUCCCAAGUCUGAUGGGCUUAGUAUCUUUGGGCCCUGGGGAAGGAGGCUCUGGGUGCUGCCAGUGACCCCCACGCUGUUAGGCACUCUGCCACUGCCUUGCUGGGCUCCACAUGCAUAACUCCACUUGCUCAUGGGACUGGUUACAGGUGUCCUGGCUGGGGAGUGACCGGAGUGGCAACCCUAACUUCACCCUGUGAGGUUAGUUCUGAGUGUUUGACAUACUCUUGAAUCUACUCCAUAACCUAAGCCUUUAUUUGAAAAUAAUACUUCAGUACAGUUUAGGGCUUACAGGAAAGGUGAGCAGUCAGUGGCAGAGUCCCUGGGGUCUGAUAGUAACAUUCUGCAUUAAGUGUUGCAUUUGUUGCAAUUGUUGAGCCAAUACUGAUAAGUGGUUUUUAUUUUUUUUAGAAUUUUUAUUUAUGCAUACAAGAACUGGGGUUCUUGACCAGA